AUGAGGAAUCACACUCCAGUGACCGAGUUCCUCCUCACGGGAAUCCCUCACACACAGGGGCUGGAACACGUGCUCUUUGUCUUCUUCCUCACUUUCUACCUGCUCACUCUUGUGGGGAACCUGCUCAUUCUCCUGGCCAUCCUCACUUCCUCCAACCUCCACACCCCCAUGUAUUUCUUCCUGGGCAACCUGUCAGUGUUUGACAUCUUUUUCCCUUCUGUGAGUUCCCCCAAAAUGAUGCUCUACCUACUGGGGCAAAGCCGGACUAUCUCUUACCAGGGCUGCGCCUGCCAGCUCUUCUUUUAUCACUUCCUGGGCUGCACGGAGUGUUUCCUGUACACUGUGAUGGCCUAUGACCGCUUUGCCGCCAUCUGUCACCCCUUGCGGUACACGGCCAUCAUGAACCCCAGGGUGUGCGCCAUCUUGACUCUGAGCACCUGGAUGGGGAGCAGUGUGCAUGCGUCUGUCCUCACAUUUCUUGUGUUUAAGUUACCCUACUGUGGCCCCAAGGAGGUGGGCAAUUUCUUCUGUGACAUCCCGGUGGUGCUGCCCCUGGCCUGUGCAGACACCUCUCUAGCUCACAGGGUGAGUGUCACCAACGUAGGUGUUGUGGCACUCCUGUGUUUCCUUCUUGUCCUCACUUCUUACACUCGCAUCAUUAUCUCUAUAUUGAGAAUCAGCUCCUCAGAAGGCAGGCACAGAGCCUUCUCCACUUGCAGUGCCCACCUGACUUCCGUCUUGCUCUUCUAUGGACCCGUGAUCCUCAUUUAUCUCCGGCCUGCUUCCAGCCCUUGGCUGGAUUCUGUGGUUCCGUUGUUCAAUAAUAUUGUUAACCCUUCCCUGAAUCCUUUGAUAUACAGCUUGAGAAACAAGGAUAUGAAGUUGGCUCUGAGAAAAGCACUAAUCCAAGGAGUAGAUACUUGUGGAGCAUAAAGUAGUAUGUCAUUAUCUGUGCUUACAGAUUUGCCUUGCAUUUAUAUGGGGCAUGUGGUCUAUGAAACCAGCUGGGGUGAAUGGCUAAGUAGCAUUUGGGAUAAAUAGGUUGAAUGGAUUUUUUUUGUCAUUAAACAUGUAUAUAUUUAUAUAAAUUUGUAUUCAAGAAAAUCUUUAUGGCACUUACAAUGUGCCAGGUACUAUGCUAUGCACUUUAUAAACACUGACAUAUGUUAUUAUGAGAAUUUUCAUAUAGAGUAGAUAUUAUUAUCCUGGUAUACAGAGGAGUGUAUUAACGCACUGAGAGGUUAA